GGGCCCCGGGGGACGGAAGUGGCCUCUGGAGCGGAGACGCGCGGGGCGCCGAGUGGCGGACAGGGUGUCCGCUGGCGAGGCGGGCGGUCGUCCUGUCUUUGUACACCCGAAUCCCUCCUUUGCCGCCUUCUCGCUGCCACAGCUUCCCGGGACGAUGGUGCCCCGCCUGCUGCUGCUGCGCGCCUGGCCCCGGGGCCCUGCGGCUGGCCCGGGAGCCCCCUGCCGGCCCCUCAGCGCCGGCCCCGGGCCGGGCUCUUACCUGCAGCGCAGCAUCGUGCCCACCAUGCACUACCAGGACAGCCUGCCCAGGCUGCCUAUUCCCAAACUUGAAGACACCAUUAGGAGAUACCUGAGUGCCCAGAAACCUCUCCUGGAUGACAGCCAGUUCAGGAAAACAGAACAAUUCUGUAAGAGUUUUGAAAACGGAAUUGGAAAAGAACUGCACAAGCAGCUGGUCGCCCAGGACAAGCGGAAUAAACACACGAGCUACAUCUCAGGCCCCUGGUUUGAUAUGUACUUAACUGCUCGAGACUCUGUUGUUCUGAACUUUAAUCCAUUUAUGGCCUUCAAUCCCGACCCCAAACCCGAGUAUAACGACCAGCUCACCCGGGCGACCAACAUGACCGUUUCUGCCAUCCGCUUUCUGAAGACGCUCCGGGCUGGCCUACUGGAGCCGGAAGUGUUCCACCUGAACCCUGCCAGAAGCGACACCAACACCUUCAAGAAACUCAUACGCUUUGUGCCUUCCUCUCUGUCCUGGUACGGGGCCUACUUGGUCAACGCAUAUCCCCUGGAUAUGUCCCAGUAUUUCCGGCUUUUCAACUCCACGCGUUUACCCAAACCCGGUCGGGAUGAACUCUUUACAGAUGAAAAGGCUAGACACCUCUUGGUUCUCAGAAAGGGAAAUUUCUAUGUCUUCGAUGUCCUGGAUGAAAAUGGGGACAUGGUGAGCCCCUCAGAAAUCCAGGCACAUCUGAAGUACAUUCUCUCGGACAGCAGCCCGGUCCCCGACUUCCCCCUGGCGUAUCUGACCAGCGAGAACCGGGACGUCUGGGCAGAGCUCCGGCAGAAGCUGGCGACUGGCGGCAAUGAGGAGGCCCUGAGCAAAGUGGACUCUGCCGUGUUCUGCCUCUGCCUCGAUGACUUCGCCAUCAGGGACCUUGUCCACCUGUCCCACAGCAUGCUGCAUGGCGACGGCACAAACCGCUGGUUUGAUAAGUCCUUCAACCUCAUCCUGGCCAAGGACGGCACCGCCGCCGUCCACUUUGAGCACGCCUGGGGAGAUGGUGUGGCGGUGCUCAGGUUUUUUAACGAGGUCUUUAAAGACAGCACGCAGACUCCUGCCGUCACUCCGCAGAGCCAGCCGGCCACCCUCGACUCCGCGGUGGCCGUGCAGAAACUCAGCUUCGAGCUGAGUGAUGCCCUGAAGGCCGGCAUCAGCGCUGCCAGAGAGAAGUUUGACGCCACCGUGAGAACCCUCACUGUCGACUGCUUGCAGUUUCAGAGGGGAGGCAAGGAGUUCUUGAAGAAGCAGAAGCUGAGCCCGGACGCGGUGGCCCAGCUGGCCUUCCAGAUGGCCUUCCUCCGGCAGUACGGGCGGACGGUGGCCACCUACGAGUCGUGCAGCACCGCGGCGUUCAAGCACGGCCGCACCGAGACCAUUCGGCCCGCGUCCGUCUUCACCAAGAGGUGCUCCGAGGCCUUUGUCAGGGAGCCCUCGAAGCACAGCGCCGGCGAGCUGCAGCAGAUGAUGGCCGCCUGCUCCAAGUACCACGGCCAGCUGACCAGAGAAGCGGCGAUGGGCCAGGGCUUUGACCGACACCUGUUUGCUCUGCGGUGCCUGGCAGCAGCCAAGGGGAUCGUCUUGCCUGAGCUCUACCUGGACCCUGCGUACGGGCAGAUAAACCACAACAUCCUGUCCACCAGCACGCUGAGCAGCCCGGCCGUGAGCCUGGGGGGCUUUGCCCCCGUGGUCCCUGAUGGCUUUGGCGUUGGGUACGCUGUCCAUGACAACUGGAUAGGCUGCAAUGUCUCCUCCUACCCCCGCCGCAAUGCCCGCGAGUUCCUCCAGUGCGUUGAGAAGUCUUUAGAAGACAUGUUUGAUGCCUUGGAAGGCAAAUCCCUCAGAACCUAGCCGGUGGGCGGGUGGAGCGCCUCGGUUGCUUCCUCAUGCUGGAAAUCGGGACCUGUGCACCCAGUGGGUGCUGUCCUGGGCCUAAUGAAGGUGAUCGCGAGGGGCCUGGGCUGCCAGAGCCGCAGGCCUGAGCUCCAAAAUCAUGGAUUUAAAGCGAGCAUGUGAUUUCCAAGUGGGACUCGAUGAGGAGAGGGUUCAGUUUGAAGAGCGUUUGAUCAGGAGCUAGGGUUUGGGACGAUAACUCAGGUGCUUUUAUAUUUAAGCAGAAAUAAAUGUGGCUGCUGCUCGGA